AAAAAUUAAUUUGGAUAUUUGGUUCAAAAGAUACGAAAGAUCAAAAAUAAUAAAAAAAGCCAAAAGAAAAAUAGGGUCGAUGCCCCCCGCCCGGCGCAUGACACAAAUCCCCUCUCGGAACAGUACAUGAUUAAUUUUGUUUGUACAGUACAUAUUAAUUUCUCCUCCUCUCAGUCGGUUGGCAAAGUUUCUGCCUUUGUUUUAAAAAAAAAAAACCCUACUAUAAAACCAAAGUAAUGGACGUCUACACAGAAAGAACAAGUAGACAAGUGUUACUCUGCCUCGCUCGCUCGCUCUUUGCAGCAAUGGAGGAUCCCCGCACCGAUCCCAGGGACUACGACGACGACGGCCGCCUGAAGCGCAGCGGGACGGUAUGGACGGCCAGCGCGCACAUCAUCACGGCCGUGAUCGGGUCAGGCCUGCUGGCGCUGCCGUGGGCAUCCGCGCAGCUCGGCUGGGUGGUCUACCCGGUCAUGGUGCUGCUCUUCGCCUGCAUCAUCUGCUACACCUCCGCGCUGCUCUCCGACUGCUACCGGUCCGGCGACCCGAGCCACGGCGAGCGCAACUGCACAUACAUUGACUCCGUCAAGGCCAGCCUAGGACGCGCAGAUGUUGGGAUAUGCCAGUUUCUGUAUACUCCAACAUCUUCGGGGUGGCCAUCGUGUAUACCGUAGCCGCCUCUAUGAACAUGUUGGCAAUCCAGAGGGUUAACAAUGAUCUACUACAUCUAUAGCAGCAACCAUCUCUUGACAUCAACUGUGACGUCGCCACCAUGUUCCGCGACCCAGCAACUAUAAAUAGUUCCAACAACGAAGGUGCUCGUCACACUUUGCAACGGAGAUCGAAGAGGGAAGUCACCGACACCGUCAAAUGACUCAAAUUCCAAUUCGGCUCCUCCUUCACGGACGAUGGUAGGAUGAAAGGGGGAAGGGUAAAGUGCGUCACCGCAUCAGCCCAGUCGGCCGUGGCCGCGCCCUUCAUCUUCUUCAGCCGCGAUGAGGCCGCCAAAACAAUGGAUCCCACGACGGUCGCUCCAUAGCAGCGGGUUGUGGGGACACAAAAACGGCACGGUGGGUAGGGGGUUUGGUGGCAGCCACGACGGCAGCAACCACUGGAGGAGGUGCCGCGGGUGCGGCAGUAGUGGCGGCGACGACGGUGGGGUCGCCCGCCGCGUCGGAGAUGUUGUCCAGAGCGGUCUGGUGGCUGGCAGCGGUCGUGCAUGGGAGGAAGGUGGGUAGCGGUCACGCGCGGGAAGGUUCAAUGUGGCGGUUGAGCAAUCGCGCGUUGUGUGUUUUUUUUGCUGCAACCGGCUCCAGUGUGUAUAUUUUCAGCCCAAGUCGAUGUAAUUUAGGACUGCCCACAAAACAGUUCAACAAAAUUUACGGACAGGACAGUUGUUGGAGCUAUUUUUUGGUCGAAAAGACCUAAAAAGAAAUUAUUUUGGCUGUUGACCUAGUGUAGGGCUGAUGUUGUAUGCCCACCAAAAAAAAAGGGCGGAUGCUGUAGAUUCUCGAACAUGGAGGGGGCUCUACAGCGACCCAAAGUUAGAGUGGUUAAGAAACUCUGUUAAGAAACUCUGUUAGUGGAGGAUGCUUCUUGGUUAAGAAACUCUGUUAGUGGACUGGUUAAAAAAAAUUAGAGCUUUUGUAGGAGUGAUAGAGGUCCCCGUGGACGUGCUUUCACCCACCACCGGAAUUAUCCUUCCCUAUAUUAUGCUAGGUCGCGAUCGAUGCCUAAUCCUCAAGUUCGGUAACUGAUGUGGUUAAAUUUUAUUUCUAAACUAAGUUACCCUAAGGAUUACUAGACCAUUUUAUGAGUAUUGCAUUGAGUGUUUUGAUCUUGCAGUUAUGAUUAUUAGACAUUUUAUUGAUAUGAAUAUAUCAAACAAACGAGUUUUUUGUUUACAACGGAAAUGAACUUGGAUGUUGAGUGUUGCUCCAUCUAGACUCUUGUUGUUCUAAGCACGGAACAUAAUUUGUGCCAAUAGUAGUCAUUUUAAGAAACUACUCCCUCCGUUUCGAAUUACUUGUCAUAGGUAUGGAUGUAUCUAGAUGUAUUUUAGUUCUAAAUACAUCCAUUUCUGCGACGAGUAAUUUAGAACGGAGGGAGUAGAUAAUUGUUUGUGCAUUAUAAUAGAGGUAUAAAUAUUUUACAUGCAAUCAUCAUGAUUGAUUGACCAAUUGAAUCAUUUAAAAAAUGACAUGGACUAGUUGAGGUGGUUCUAAAGGAAAACUAUUGCAAAAAUGUCAACAAAACCAAAAACUGGUGAGGUGGGAUGAGAAGGGAGGACAAAAUAAAAAUAUGGACUAAUGUUACAUGUCUUUUAUAGCAAAAUAGCUAGCAUCCACUAACUUAUUCCAGAGUACUUGCAUCUAUGUUUUCUUACUAAAUUACCUCGAUCAUCUUAGUUGGCUUUAAUCCUGGUGCCUCACCUCCAGCUAGUAGAUAUGUUAGGGUUUAGUCCUUGCAGAGGUCGCGCUAGGACGAAUGACAACACUUCUUCUUUGAGUCAUUCUUCCGGUCUUGGAUCUUCCUCAAGUUAGUCCGCCGAGACGGAUUAGACAACGUAGAUUCCUGCCAACUCCUCGGGGCUGCGAGGUAAGACACUCUCGUCGUCCGUACCGGACGACGAGAGUUGCUAUCAGUGUCUUCGAAUCGAUUUAGGGAUUCAACGACGACGAAUGCGGCUCCGGGGCAUUGGUCCUUAGGGGCACAUGCACAAAGCAUUCCGACUGGCUCCAGUAUGGGAGAGGCGGCAGUGGCGCGACGGCCCCACCGGGGCAUUGGUCCUUAGGGGCACGUGCACGAAGACUUUUCGACUAUCGUCGACAAGGUCGGACUUGCUCCAGUAUGGGAGAAGCGGCAACAACACGACGUCGGCUCGUUCUACCGGUGAUGGUGGUCGUUCAGUUGUCCAGAAACCUCGCUAUAAUUUUUACUAUGUUUGGGAUGCCUUAUACUUUUGAUGAAGUCUUAUGAAUAAAUCUGAGGCCUCCUUUGGUUUGAAGGAAUUUCAUAGGAAUUCUAGAUGAUAGGAUUCUUAUAGGAUUUUUUC